GAAUUGGUCCAUUUAUCAAAGUAACACGGAGGAGAUAAGAGCAAGUUUGCUCUAAGACUCAACUUAAGUCAAAGUUUAUCAAUAAAGCAAAAAUCAAAAAUGUCCUAUAAUCGGAUGACAAAUCCUGAACACUUGAGCAGCAUUGAAAGACCACUUAACAAUGGGGAACGUUAUCCACCAAUUCCACUGCCCGCACCGCAAGGCGGAGCAGAAAGAAAAUCUGCGGAAAAUAUGAAUACAUCAAAUGUAACUGGCAUGGACGCUAUGAACAUGGCGCCAGUCUUGGAGACGGGACAUAUUAUAAUGCAUAAUUCAACUGGAUUUAUUGUUGCCGGCUCUGGAAUGCAGGAUAAUGCUAGUCUGGAGCCAAAGAAUAUCAUUUUCAAUGACCAAAGCAUACGGAAGGGUUUCAUUCGCAAAGUCUACUUCAUUCUCUUGGCACAGUUACUGUUUACCUGUGGCAUUAUAGCCAUCUUUACAUACCACGAGCCAACCAAGUGGUUUGUCCGAGAAAACCCACAACUGAUUAUCGCUGCUGUCAUCGUUAAUCUAGUCGUCCUACUCUCGAUGGCUUGCUGUGAAUCUGCCAGACGCAGCUUUCCGAUCAAUUUCGUGUGCCUGGGUCUAUUCACGGUUACCAUGUCGCUACUGUUGGGAGCUGUGGCCAGCACAAUGGAUGCCAACAUGGUGCUAAUGUCUGUGGGAAUAACUGCAGUGCUAAUCAUUGCUUUAUCCAUAUUCGCCAUACAGACCAAGUAUGAUUUUACUGCUUGGCGUGGCGUCCUAAUUGCCUGUGUCGUCUGUUUGAUAAUUCUCGGAUUCGCUGGCGGAUUUCUACGUUCGACAUUUGGCGAGACGGCAAUUUCGAUUUUUGGUGCCUUGAUUGCCAGCUUCCUGCUUAUCUACGAUACUCAAUUGAUAAUUGGUGGCAAUCACAAGUAUCAGUUUAGCCCAGAGGAUUAUAUAUUUGCUGCUUUAACAUUAUACGUUGAUUGUGUGCGCAUACUUCUUUAUGUAAUGCGUUUUGCCAGAAGGUAAACAGUUGCUUACCAAAAAAAAAAACUCGAAUCUUUGAAUCGAAUUAUACACAUGAUAUAACUAAAUAUAUAUAUAUAUAUAUAUAUAUAUAUAUAUUGAUCAUUAAAUGUAUUCAGGACUCAAACAAUGACAACAUCUUUCAAGAAACUCCAAUAAUUGUGAACAUUUAAAACAAGAUUAAUUUAAGCACACAAAUUAUAUAAAACACGGCCAUAAAAUGGUAUGCCAAAAUUACAAAUUUGAAAAUAGCAACGGAAAAUUCUUAUUAAAAUGGAUUGUAACUAUUUUAUCAGACUAAAGGACGCAUAUUAUGCUUAUAUACUUACAAAUAUUUUUAUGUGUAUUUUAUGUAAUUGUCUUUUAACCAUAUACUCGAAUACGAAUAAGAAUAAAUCGAAAGAGAAAUAUUAAA